AUGGUCUUCGAUGAUACUGACAAGACCGCAUUCAGUCAGGUGGUGUCUGCCGUGCGCAAACUAUCCAAUACCAUCCGCGUGGUGGCAUCGAUCGAUGGAUCACAUUAUGAGUUUGCAAUCGUUUCCAGCAUCAGCGAUCGUCGACGAGCAUUUGUUCAUGCCGUCGGGACACUUUUGCUCGAGCUAGAUGCCGACGCUGUCGAGAUCAACUGGAUUCAGAAUGGCGCUUAUUCACCAGAACUACUGAGCAAGUAUUCUACCGAUCGCAUGACGAAGGUGAUCUUACUCCAAGACCUGCGGCAGAUCGUAAUGGCUGCAAAUAAGCGGCUAAACGGUCGCAAUCGAGAGCUCUGGUUUCGAGGGUCUAUACAGCAAGGAGUAAUCGAUGCUUCAUACAAUGUGUUCGACAUCUGCGACGUCGUCGAUCACGUUACGCUCGAAGCGAUGAAUACUGACGGCACGGUAAGGUGGAUCAACGAUGGUUGUCCACAGAAGAAGCUACUACUUGGAGUGCCAUUUUACGGAGUCGUCAAGAACUACACCCAUUCUAAGCGUACAUUUUUCGGUCCGAGCUACCCCAGAUGGGGUGGUUUUUUUAAAGGAAUAGUAUCGUAUCGUGAGCUAUGUUUGUCGUUGUCCGAACCAGGAUGGACAAUUGUUUGGGACAAAUAUGGCAUGAUGCCGUACGCAGUGAGACAACUUCCUCACAACGAAGACGAAAUCAUGAGUUACGAUGACGUCACGUCUCUUCGCUACAAAUUGGACCUGGUGCAGGACAAGCGUUUAGGUGGCGUAUACGUCGACUACGUGCAUUGGGAUGAUAUCUACGCCAGGUGUGGCCAAGCAUACCCUUUAACAUCCUACGUAGCGUACCGACUGCAGUCGAUCCAGUCCGACAUUGGAUUCGCCAUAGAAUGGAGUUAG